AUGUCAAAGAUCACAGUCGCUAAUGUCCGGACGCAAGUCCAGGAGCUCCUGGAGUACUCCCAGGAGACCAAGAAGCGCAACUUCCUCGAGACCGUCGAGCUCCAGAUCGGCCUGAAGAACUACGACCCCCAGCGUGACAAGCGUUUCUCUGGCACCAUUAAGCUGCCCGCUGUCCCCCGCCCCAACAUGGCCAUCUGCAUCCUCGGUGACCAGCACGAUCUCGACCGUGCCAAGCACGGCGGUGUUGACGCCAUGUCCGCCGACGACCUCAAGAAGCUGAACAAGAACAAGAAGCUCAUCAAGAAGCUUGCUCGCAAGUACGAUGCCUUCAUCGCUUCCGAGGCUCUCAUCAAGCAGAUCCCCCGUCUCUUGGGUCCCGGUCUGUCCAAGGCUGGCAAGUUCCCCACCCCCGUCUCCCACGCCGACGAUCUCUCUGGCAAGAUCACCGAGGUCAAGUCCACCAUCAAGUUCCAGCUGAAGAAGGUUCUCUGCAUGGGUGUCGCCGUCGGCAACGUCGACAUGGAGCAGGAGCAGCUGAUUGCCAACAUCAUGUUGUCCAUCAACUACCUCGUCUCCCUGCUCAAGAAGGGCUGGCAGAACGUUGGCAGCCUUGUCAUCAAGGCUUCCAUGUCUCCUCCUCAUCGCCUCUACUAA